GACUCUCAACGCAGAGCAGACUCUGAGAGCAGGGCGCUGCGUCGCGUCGCCCAUGCGUGGUAGAUUUCCAGUUAAAGGAGGCGAUGUGUGUCGAGCGGCGCUGGCGGUAUCUGUCGCACCUCUCCUUUUAUUGUUACGACAUCUUCGCUCCCUCGAACGACCAUGGGCUCUGUCAACAACACAGCCGCAGCGGUUGACCAUGUCCCCGUUCAGAUGCAAAUCACGCUUGAGGGCAAAGUGAUAGCAAUCACUGGUGCCAAUCGCGGGAUCGGACUCGGCAUUGCCGAGUGCUGCCUUGCCAACGGCGCAGGUAAGGUCUUCAGCAUAGACUAUGCGGACGAAGUCGGUGACGACUUCAAGACCAUUGCCAACGUCUACCCGGACCGCCUGUUUGCCCUCAAGGCCGACGUCACGGACGAAGAGAGCAUCCAGCAAGCCGUCGACAGCGUGUUGGAGCAAGCUGGAGCGCUGCAUGGCGUGGUCGUGAAUGCCGGGCGGACAAAUCACAAGGGCGCGCUGGACUUUACCAAGUCAGAGGUCGAGCAGCUCUUUGCUGUCAACCUAUUCGGGGCCUUUUAUACUGCCCGCGUCGCCGCAAGAGCAUUCAUCAAGCAGGAUGUCAAGGGUAGCAUCGUCUUCACCGCCUCCAUGGCUAGCUAUGGCCCGAACAAAGUGGUUCCCUCGGCCCCGUAUGGCGCCUCCAAGGGCGGCGUUCGGAAUAUGACGCACACGCUGGCGAUGGAGUGGGCGACCAAGGGCAUCCGAGUCAACUCCGUGUCGCCUGGUCUGGUCAAGACGGCCAUGACAUACUGGGUCGAGAAGCAAGCCGACUGGGAGACGCAACUGAAGUACUACCGGGGAAUCCCAAGGCUGGCUGAGGUGCAGGAACUCGGCGGUGCAUACGUCUAUCUGCUCAGUGAUGCGGCGAGCUACACAACGAGCAUCGACAUUCCCGUCAACGGCGUCAUCGGCAUCUGCUAAAGUGGUCCAUGUCACCAAUCCCUAGUAUUGGCUCGUGGGUUGAUGCGUAUGUUUCACCAAAGGGCAUGACGGGAAUGCGUAGAGCACAGCCCUAUCUAGAGCCUCAAUGCUCCUAUUUCAUGUGUAUCAAACGAAUC